CACAAACAGGUGUAUCCCAAACAGGUAGAGCUGCGCCUUUCUUUUUUUCUAAAGGGCAAACAUGAUGGCGUGCGCUUGACAAAGCAACACCUAACCAAACUGAGAGGAUUUACACUUUUUCCACAAGGACUGACUUCAUACAACUAUAAUAUUCACGUUUCUCGCUCAGGACGGGGCUUUGGAUGGGAUUAAGGAUGGAGGCAUGAGUCCGCCUCUGUGCUUCAUGCAUGCCUGUCAUUUAGGAUACCAUUACCUGGACUGAUGAGCUUUAUUUCAGCGCUGAAAUUGUCCCAGCUUGUGCACAGUUAACAGUACCUGCCGAGGAGAAUGACACCUCAGCUGAACAGACUGUCUCUGUGUCUCUGUGUCCUCGGGAUCUUUGUUACAGUGAUACAGGGAGACUUUGUGGAUCUCCCUCCAAAGGAUCCCAUACUCUCCUUGGCAGAGGAGGAGACCAUACUGCCCUGUCGCUACCAGCCAACUGAUGAAACUUUGGUGCAGGUCACCUGGUAUAAGGAGAAACCCGAUGGCGACAAGGAGCAGAUCAUCACUGCACACCAUACUAAUGGACAGACAGCGUUUGGUGCGUGGUCUCGACGUGUGCGCUUUAAAAGCAGCGACCCCACAUUGGACUCUUCUCUGGUCAUCAUGAGCACGGAAGUCUCUGAUGAGGGGAAAUACCUCUGCCAUAUCAGCACCUUCCCCUCUGGCAACUUUGACUUAGCGAUGUCGCUCACCGUGUGGACCAUUCCCAUCUCCUCCCUGGAACCUGUGGUCCUGGUGGAGGGACAGCCCUACCGACAGGCCGCUUCCUGUCGCUCUGUAGCCCGCCCGCCUCCCCGCCUCUCCUGGGACACCGACCUGAGCGGCCAGUCCGUCAAUCGUAGCUCCGACAAUGGGGCGGUCUCCUCACACUACUCCCUGCACCCUCUUAGGGGCAUGAACGGCAAAAAGCUGGACUGUCUGGUGUGGCAUCCGACUCUACGGGGCCCCCGCAGGAUCCCAAACAAGUUGGUGGUGCACUUCCCUCCACAUGCAGAGGUGGCUGGCUACAAUAAAGACUGGAUCGUGGGUAUGGAGAAUGCUGCCCUGAGGUGUGUGAGUGGAGGAAACCCCAAACCACAGAGUUUCACCUGGAUCAGAAUGGGUGGAGAUUUGCCAGAAGGGGUAAUCCCCCACCCUAAUGGAACACUAGCUUUUGGGCGACCCCUAAGCUUGUCAGACAAAGGCACCUACCAGUGUGUGGCGAAGAAUGAUGUGGGAGUGGGGAAGGCGGAAGUGGAGAUUAGUGUGAAAGAUGCUCCCGAGCGGCAGACCAUGAUCGAAAACAUGCUGAUGAUCAUCGUGGGGGCCGUGGCCGGGGGGCUGCUCAUCUUGAUGCUCAUUGUCGUAAUCUGCGUCACUUGCCAUCACAAACGCAAGAACAAAAAGCUGGAGAGGGAGCUGACUGAGAGGAAGGAGGAAAUAAGUACUCUCUCCAGGCAAGCUUCUUUUAGGAGAAUGAACUCUGUCAGCACAGAUACCAGAGGAGCGACAGAGGAAAACAUCCCUCUGAGGGUGGAGGGGACCAUAAGGACCAGCCUGUCUUCACUCGGGGAGCAGGCUCACUGCCGCGACAGCCGAUCUACUAUCUCAGGUGGCAGGGGAGGAGGGGGAGCAUUUGACUACUUGGGCAGACCAGUUCUACACAACAACUCGCGGAGAGGAAGAGAAAAGCUUCUGGACAGAGACGAGGAGAACCGACUCCGUGUGGAGACAUAUGUGAGAAACAGCACCAUCUCUUUACAGGAAACUCGUUUCCACCCUCCUCUCACGCCAUCGCCCUUCCCGAUGGUACAGUCCACCGAGAUUGUAAGACAGCUAAAUGGAAGCGCCAUUAUCCCAACAGACGGGGGUUCACGGCCGGGAAGUGUCGCCAAGAAUCACCAGCACCCUCCUACAAGCUCUAACUACCCAGCGGUGACAGAUGAUGAGGAUGAAGUAGACGAGGGUUUGGGGGGUCCUGCCAGCCAGGAGCAUCCUGAUGACCAAGACAGCGAGACCAACAGCUCCCAAGUGUCUGAGGCUCACAGUGCACGCUAUCAGCAGACUAAUGGCACAAUCCGACCCAAACCCCGGCCGAGUCCGGCUGUGGUCAGUCCCCAUGCCUCCCUGAUUCACAAGGCCCAGAUAGUUUAACAGGGAGCUGGAAAAGAACACAUGAAACUACAAGACUGGACAGUUCCGGUCUUAGAUUUGGGCCAAAUGUGGAUACACUGGCAAAGUUUGGUCAAAGCCCAGAAAACAAUGCAACUGACUACAAUGCUGCAUCUUUUUAUUGUGUGGGAACAUGGUGCAAUAGAAUAAACGGAAAAUCUACUCUAAAGCAUCAACUGGACAUUUCUGGACAUCUGAUUUCUUCCUGAUUUCUGAUGAUCAACAUUAUGCUGUGUAUUCCCAGAAUUACUGGCACAAACAGAGACGAUGUUGCAAUAUUUCCAAUGCAGCUACCACAGCGUUUAAUCGCAGACAAUAUCCUUUUCUCAUCUUUUGCAAUACACUAUCUGCUGCUCUACCUGGCUGUAACGAACAGGUGAAUGCAGCAUACAUUCCUUUUGUGGGGGAUGUCGAAAGCACUCAAAGACAUGACCAGUAGGAAAUCAGGAAACGCAGGACAAGUCGAGGAGGCUGUGGGAACGUUGGUAAAUCAGAAACUUAGAUUGCAACACCUCUGUAUUGAGCGUGGAUUUUUUACUGUAGAGGUGUUUAGUGUGUUAGUAGCUUUGCCUGUGUCAUGUUCCAUUACACAACACUGUUUGGGAUCUGAUCCAAACCAUGGGGUUGUUCCUCUCUUGCCACACCUGCAACAUUCUUACCUCUGUAUUGUCUUACUGUUGUUGCGGCUUUAAGAGCUGAGACAUUUUGGAUCAGAUAAAGAUUUCAUAUUGCAGCCAAAACACAGUGGUGCCCUAAUGCAGGGGCCAGUGGGCAUACAAUCACUUGCCCCCCUAACCCCACCAGGCGAUAAUAAUACGAGUACGAUAUUACUUUCUUUAAGACGCAGUGGUGUGAAGAUAAUGUAUCCUCUGAAACUAGAAAAUCUAAGGCAUCCAUUAGUACCAACCAUGUUAGCAUAGCUUGUAGUGAAGGGGACUAAAUAACUCUCCUAAGCUGGGCUACAUUUUGGCAAGGCAACAACCAGCAUAGACAUUUUUAAAGGGGUCCCCUGAACUCUCACCUCUAGAUAUCUGAAUGAAAAUGGGUUCUAUGGGUACACACUGGUCUCUCCUCAACCUGAAAAGGCUUGUUCCCUUUCUAAGGAAAAAGACAAUCAUACACAUACAUAGGUAACACAUUAUAACAAUCUUGCUGUGGAACUCAAAAUGUUAACUGCACUGGUGUUAGUCUAUGCACAUCAGAUACUAAUAAUAACUGUAAGUAAAAACCCAGAGUAUAUCAAUGUGUGAUUCCUUAGGGGUCAUGUAUGCUCAGUGUUAGCUACGGAGACAGACAGAGCCUUCUGUACGUACUUUGUGUUUAUUUUGUCUGCAUUUGUGCACGUUUUGUGGAAGCUUAUGGAUACGGACAAAACAUAGCAGUACCACCAGGCAGUGUAGUGUAGUUCAAGUGUGAUAUGACUGUAGGAGACGAGAAAGAACUUUAAAUAAUGGCGGAACAGAAUGAGUCUGUUAUAAAGUGAAAAGAAUUCUCCGUUCAUUCUCCGAAUGUAUAGCCUAUAAUGGCCACACAGGCCACUGCCAUCUACAGCGCUGCCUUCGUUUAAAGGUACAAUAUUGCGACCUCCUCCACUGUCACCUCUGAUGUUGUAUCAAACUUUUGAUUCUGCCCUCUAGUGCCAUCUAUUGGCUGUAUUUAUGACAACAUAGAGGAUGCAUAGAAGCAUGACAGUGACAUUUACAACAUUUGAAAUGGACGUAUUUAUUUUAAUACGUAAAAGGUGUAUAAAUUAACUCUCCAUAUUGACAUAGUUUUCAACUCGCCUAUAUACUUCAACAGCAUAAGCAAAUUCCUGUGCUACACACGCACAUAGCAGAUACAUAAUUUACCCUGCUCCUGCUCCUAUGUAGUGAGGAUGAAAGUUUUAAUACUAUUUUAUUAAGCAUACACACACACUAAACAGAUAAAAACAUUCACAUGUUGUGUACUGUCAUGUAUGCACAAACAUAUAUACAGAGGAUUAAAGUUGGAAAACCUGCUGUACAUUUGUAAAAUACAUUCUUUAUGUGAUACUUUUGUAAAUACACUUGGACUCUUACUAGAGACCACAGACAUCUGUAUGUUGGAGAGUUUUCUCUGCCUGCAUGACUUCUCUUUAACAUUCAAGACAAGACGACUGUCAAAGAGGAAUUUGACAUAAACUGGUGAUUUUUGAUACUGAGGCAAAACCAGGCAUGUAUUAUUUAUCUGUAUAAGAACAGUGGUAGAUACAUUUUGUAUAUUUGUAUGUAUUUGGGUUCUGUUACAGCCCUGAUAUGGGAAGCAAUGUGCCAAAGGGAUAAUAUUAAAAAACUCACUUUUGCCUUUUUGGCAAAUAUGAAGUAUUAUUUUGUUCUGCACACAUGUAUCACACUGUACUACUACUGUUUUGAUUUUUUACCUUCUGAAAGUACAAAACAAAUAUGAGCAGCAGAUGAAUGGCAUUAUGUGCAGAUUGUUUUUAGUGUAGACAGUGCCCCCUGAUGUGUACUGCUGGAAAGUGCAGGGACCCGAUUGAGCCUACUGCAAAACUAUGUUAACUAUGAAAUUUCACUGUGACCUGGUGAAAUGAUUUUCCUGGUCACUUGCCUGGAUUUUCAUUUGUUUUAAGGGAUAUGUAUGGGUAUCAGAUUGUAAUGAUGGUUUGAAAUAAAAGUGCAUGUUUUUUUUGUAAAUUGUUGGUCCUAACACAAGCUUUUGGGUAAAAACUAUUUCUGAAUGAUCUUAAUAUGAGGGGUUUACACUGAUAUUCUGGUUUGCUUAGGAAUUGUCUGUUGAGAUACAUGUGAAAAUGUUUUCAGGGGUUGAUUAACAAAAUUGAGGUGCCCUGGGCAGGACUGGAUUAAAGGACACGAUGAGCUGUGGGCCCUAUUAACCACCUGUUCCUCCUACUCUAGCUGCAAGGUCUUAAUUCAGGAAAAAGAAUAAUGUAAGCAUAACAUCAACAAAAACAAUAAAAGGUAUUAAAACUAGAUUUUGACACAGGGUCAUACAAAACAGAACAUUAUUCAUAAUAGUGCAGACGACACUGCAUUGCUCUCAUAUUUUAGUUUCUAGUUUUGCCAAAUGAAUUCUUACCAAACUAAUUUGCAAUUAAUCCCCAAGAACCAAAUACCACGCUGUGAACACAGUGUGGCCUUUAAGGCCCCCCAAGGUUCUGGAGCCUUAGAGCAUUUGCCCCUUCUGUGUUGUUGGUGAUCCGGCCUUGACCCUCAGUCAAAGGACCUCCUAUGAAAAUGAUUUAGAUGUCUCUCUAACUACAACAGUUCAAAUAUUAGGGUAUUUACAUGGCCCCCAUUUGGUCCACCUAAGCCACACAAAAAUGGACCAAAUCACCUCUAAGUAGAUAAGUAGCAACUGACUUCAAUGCCUGAGGUAUGUAAAAUUGGCAAAUGUUGAUUUCUGUUGUCAUUUUCAGCUGUAACAUUUAAAAGUGCAUAGUUAAAUACUGUGGUCCGACCUAGCUGAUGUUUCUGCUGUGCGUAUGUUACUUUGCCAUCAUCUUGCCAUUGAUAAACCAAAUCUACCAGCAUGGAAGCUAAGCAAUAUACUGUUGUGGUCAGGGCGAUGAAUUUCAGCCACAUAGAAAUAUAUAUUUUAAUUUUUGCUCCACUUUUCCUAACACACUGACCAAUUGAGGCCACAGUAGACUAGCAACUUCAGUGUUGUGCCAAGGAAUAUUACCAUGUUUGUCAAUAAAGUCUGUUGGCUUUGAGAAAACCACUUUAAUUCCCUGUUGGAAAAGCCUGUCAGACAGCAGGCAAAACAGUAAAAAUAUUUUUAAUUUAGCGGUAAACUGUUACUGAUUUUUUUGGUGGACAUUUUUUUUUGGGGUGGCUAAAAACUAAACAAAUUGAGGCAGCAUUUGCUCAGCGCUGGUUGAUUUUAUGUAUGUGA